GCCCCUUCAUCUCCAGUCUGCUUCUGUUGUCUCGGCGGUGAGCUGGUCUGGGAGAGAGGAUCUCGCGAGUGUUGGAGUUUUGGUGAGAGUUUGUGGAAGAUGGCGCCUGUUGUGACAGGGAAGUUUGGGGAGCGCCCUCAACCACAGCGCCUGACGAGAGAAGCAAUGCGGAACUAUCUGAAGGAGCGAGGAGACCAAACCGUUCUGAUCCUGCACGCUAAAGUUGCACAGAAAUCAUACGGCAAUGAAAAAAGGUUCUUCUGCCCUCCUCCAUGUGUGUAUCUGAUGGGCUGUGGCUGGAAGAAGAAGCGGGAACAGAUGGAGAGAGAUGGCUGCUCGGAGCAGGAAUCUCAGCCAUGCGCCUUCAUUGGGAUUGGCAACAGUGACCAGGAGAUGCAGCAGCUCAACCUGGAGGGGAAGAACUACUGCACAGCCAAAACAUUGUACAUAUCUGACUCGGACAAGCGCAAACAUUUCAUGUUGUCAGUGCGCAUGCUGUAUGGUAACAGCGCCAACAUCGGAGUCUUCCUCAGCAAACGCAUCAAGGUCAUCUCCAAGCCUUCCAAAAAGAAGCAGUCCCUCAAGAACGCUGACUUGUGUAUAGCGUCAGGAACGAAAGUGGCACUGUUUAACAGACUGCGCUCUCAGACGGUCAGUACGCGCUACCUACACGUGGAGGGAGGGAACUUUCAUGCCAGCUCGCAACAGUGGGGAGCCUUCUACAUUCACCUGUUGGAUGAUGAGGAGUCAGAGGGAGAGGAGUUCACCGUGCGUGAUGGUUAUAUUCACUAUGGCCAAACCGUCAAACUCGUCUGCUCUGUCACAGGAAUGGCCCUGCCUCGACUGAUCAUCCGCAAGGUGGAUAAGCAGACAGCCUUGUUGGAUGCAGAUGACCCCGUGUCUCAGCUGCAUAAGUGUGCCUUCUACCUAAAGGACACGGAGAGGAUGUACUUGUGCCUUUCCCAAGAAAGGAUCAUCCAAUUUCAAGCCACUCCAUGCCCGAAGGAACCAAAUAAAGAGAUGAUCAAUGACGGCGCCUCUUGGACAAUCAUUAGCACGGAUAAAGCAGAAUACACCUUUUAUGAGGGAAUGGGUCCUGUCCAGUCAUCUGUCACACCUGUGCCUGUGGUUGAGAGCUUACAGCUGAACGGUGGAGGGGACGUAGCGAUGCUGGAGCUAACAGGACAGAACUUUGCUCCGAACCUGCGUGUGUGGUUUGGAGAUGUGGAAGCAGAAACCAUGUACAGGUGUGGAGAGAGCAUGCUGUGUGUAGUUCCAGACAUUUCAGCAUUUCGUGAGGGAUGGCGGUGGGUAAGACAACCCGUGCAGGUUCCGGUGACACUGGUGCGGAACGAUGGCAUCAUUUACUCCACCACACUGACCUUUACAUACACACCAGAGCCUGGGCCCAGGCCUCACUGCAGCGCGGCCGGAGCCAUCCUGCGGUCCGGCAGCAGCGGCCUGCUGACCACCAGUGGGAGCAGCACAGGGGGAAACGCAGACACAGCAGCCUACGGCACCAACAGCACGCCAAACUCAGUCACAGCAUCGUCCUCCAACGCCACAGCCGCUGUGGUGUCAUAACGUACACAGGAAUACUUGAACUCUUCACGUGGAAAAAAGAAAAUUAACAACAAACAAAAAAGACAAGACUUUUUAAAAAGUGCUGCAUAUUGAUUUCAAAUCCAGAAGACAGAAUUGAGGAAUUCAUAGAGUGGAGAUUCAAAGGUGGAAAAAAAGAGAAGAUGCAGUCCUGGGAUUUUCGACUCACUGCAUUCUUCUGUAAGGAACGCAAGUGUCUGUGUGGUGCUGUGUGUGAUGGACACAAAAGCCAGAAAGGCAGAACACACCCACACCGAUCAACAAGACACAGAAAACGAGAAGGAGCCCCAGCAAUGAUACAUCUGCCAUGUACAAAAAUAUCUGUUGAGAUAGAAGUUCUAUUCUCCUCCCCCUUUUAUUUUAACUUCUGCCUUUCUCUCCCUCUUUCCUAGUUUGUGUGUUUUUGUGAAGGAGCACGAUGUGUCAUUGCCUGUGGGUGGAUCCGGACUCGUUAGAGGAGGGUCACAUUCAAAUUGUAAGAGUUACAUAUAGUUUUAUGGACCAAGGUUAUUGUAUAAGCUUUAGUAAUGGUACAUUUUUCUCCAUA